ACGCAUACUUUGAAAUUAGAAAAAAGUGGGUGGGGUAUUAUAAAAUUUACCUGCAAAAAAGUACAAGGUUUUGGUAAAUGAAAUGAAUACUGUUUCAACUGUUAUAACUACACAAAGGAUUGCUCACUAAAAUAAAAAUGAGAAAAACUGAAACAAGAAAGUUAUUGUUGAAUUACAUAAGACUUCUUGUGUACAUUCAAAGUCAACAAUUAAGACUUUUUGGUGCGAAAAUAAUAGUGCUUCACUUUGUCCAAACAUUUAUCAAUGUCCUACAGAUUCUAAUUUAAAGAAAGAAUGUGAAAUAAGUUCACUGUCUUGCUUUUCAUUUGGCAUAUGUGAGCUAAAACACAUUAUUUAGUUUGUUUACAAAGUAGUGCAUAAGAAAAGAUACGGUGGUCAAGGAAUGCCACAUUACAAAACUAAAAGAGUAUAUUCCCCUUAAUACAUUAAACAUUUAUCAUUACAGAAGUCUAGUGGCUUACAAUAAAGGCCUAGAAAUGUUGCCAUUAUUAAUUUUUAACUUGGUAUUCAUGAAUUGCAAUGCACUUAAAUAUCAAAACACAUUCAACAAACUUUUGAAAAUGUACUGUCUUAAAAAUCCCUAAAAUAAGGUAUGAAAUUUUGUUGAGAGGUCCGAUCAAUGUGUAUAUGUGCAAAAGCAACAUUCUAAUCUUGUUCACAAAAGUUACUAAUACACAGCAGGAAUGUCAAUGAUCAAAACUGGACGAAUAUACAGUUAUCCUCAUUUUAAUGUCAUUUAUAAUUUGUCCUUGAAUUCUCCACCAUACUUUUCAUAACUCUGUUUGCACGAGUUGCACGAGAAUGCUGUCAUUCACGUAAAAAAUGGGGUCAAAUAAGUUGUAAAUGCAAUAUCAUGUAAACGUAGUUAAUGGAUUAUGCAGUUCAAGAUAAACUUUAUCUCAUAACGUAACGAACAUGUAUAAUGUUGUAACAACAACUUUACUUACACUAAUUUAAGUAGCAGUCGGUUUAUAAGUGACUUUAUCGAUUCAUUUUGUGUUUUGUUAUUGUUGUCAAAAGUAUAACGGAAGUGCCUCACAACUGAAGCGGAAACCAGUUUGAUGCGCAAAGUAGUCCACUGUAGGUAAUAUUUUUUGACAAAUGUCCACAGAAAUUAAUAAUUUUCUAAUAUUAAAGACGAAUAUCUGAAUAGGAUUCAUUAUUUGAUAAGAAAUUAUAAUCAUCGACAUGUUUUUUUUAAAAAGCGUACACGUGCUGACACCUAAGUUGUCUCCCGUUGUUUAUUAGAGUUACCUUUCGUCCGGCGCAGUAAUACAUUUGCAGUGAAUCGCCGAGAAGUCGUGGGAAAAUUAAAAACCAUGUAAACAAACUAAAAAUAACCACCUUUUCAAGAUGAAUUUCAAGUGAUCGGCAUUAUGCAUUUAACCCGCCUGACCUGUGUAGCAUCUUAGAUAUCUGUUCUAAGAGAAAAAACAUGUGCCCUGCAUUUCAAAGAUAAUGGAAGAAGACAAGAUUUCUGAGAAACAAAUUCUUCUUGUUUUUGCCCACCAUCUGUUUGAGCCGUUGCUCCCUCGUGCAGAAAUGCUGGUUGACGAAUAUGUUGGAAUUGAUGCAUCAAAAUGUCCAUUUUGUCCAGGAAAAAAUGAGGCAGUUAAAUCAGGAACCACUUCUUUUGGAAGGAUGGUUGAGGCAAUCUCUAAAAGUCUUACUGUCUAGAUUUGAUGGCUUGCAGGUGUUCCGGGAAUGUGGCAUGGAAAAGCAGACAUAAUUAUUAAACAUGGCAAAGUUCAGCAGGCUGUAGCAGUGAGACAGGGGAGUUCUGGCAGCAGCGGUGAGCCUGCAGCAAAAAGACAGAGGAUGGAUUCUGAAGAAAAAGAAACAGAAUCUAGCAUAGCUGGAGAAAAGGAAACAGAAUGCAGCAGAACUGGAUUAGUAGAAGUAAAGAAAGACCUAAAUUGGAAAGUUACACGUAAAAGUGAACAAGACCAAGACCCUGUUCCUCAGAUAUUGUCACAGACAAUUGUCAAUGCAUUUCUUGUAGCCAAGGUUAAUCAGAAUUUAAAGAAUUUCUUUAUUCCAUCUUUUCUUGUUAGUCCAAAAGGAGUCAGGUUAGUAAUGUAUAAUUUACCCAAUGACUCAUUAGUCACUCAGGUUGAGUGUCAACCAGUAUUGUUUAAUAAAGAACUAAACAGAAGAGUUGUAUUUACAAUAUGGCUUGCCUUGAACUUUGACAAAUUCUGUCUUGACAAAUCAGUAAAAAUAAUUGAAAAAUUUCUCAAGCCAUGUGGUUUUAGGAGUGAAAUACUUAAGUAUGGGGUCAAAGAAUGUUAUGAACAAAAUGUCAGGGAAGGUGUUGAAGAGAGACCUGAAAGUAAUGAUGUCUACCGGGUUUAUGUAGAUACUGAUGCCAGACUUGAAUCCUGGAAAGUUUUAUCAGGUUCUUACACCUCACCAAAGCCAUGUGGAGACGGUGCUGUGUCAAGGUCACACUUAGGGAUACUGUAACAAAUCAUGUCCGGUCAAUCUCUUGAACUGCUUGACAUAUUUCCAUGUUAAACUCACCAAGGUGAUGUGCAGAUCCCAUGUCCCUACAGCGCUGAGUCAUGGUCAAGGUAACACUUUGGGAUCAAAGUCAUGGGGUGAUAUUUAAUGUCCUGUCAAUAUCUUUUGAACCCCUUGACAUAUUUCCAUUAUAUUAACACCAAAUGUUAAACUAACCAAGCAAUGUGCAGAACCAAUGUUCAAAUGGCGCUGGGUCUAGGUCACACUUGGGGAUACCAUAACAUAGUGUCCUGUCCAUAUCUUUGAACCCCUUGACAUAUUUCCAUUAUAUUAACACCAAAUGUAACCCUUACGCUGACUGGUUGAUUGUCUGUCAAAUAGUCAAGAAGAGAAGAACAAUUUGUUCAUAAAAAAAAGAAACAGCAGGCAAACUUGCACUAGAACUGAAAAUGUUCUACAGAAUAAACUGUUCUAUCGAAAGUUUUUGCAGAAGUUGGUCAAUAUUACAUACAUGUAACUCUCACUUGCUUUAUGGCCCUUUUUGUCUUAAUAAAAUUUGAUUAGGUUUUUUUCUUUGGUUAAGUUUUUGUUUAAGUCGACCUUUCUUAAAUUCUAUAAGAGCUUUAUCGAUGAAACUUUAUAGACUCGUACAUCAUGUUUGAUGAAGAUGUUUUUAGCUCACCUGAGCCAAAGGCUCAUGGUGAGCUUUUGUGACCGCUCAAUGUGUGUCGUGUGUCCGUCAACAUUUUCUAAAAAAAUCUUCUUGAAAACAACCGGGCAGAAUUACACCAAAUUUCACAGGAACGAUCCUUGGGUGGCCCCCUUUCAAAAUUAUUCAAAGAAUUGAAUUCCAUGCAGAACUCUGGUUGCCAUGGCAACCGAAAGGAAAAUCUUUAAAAAACUUCUUGUCCAAAACCACGUGGCCUAGAGCUUUGACAUUUGGUAUGUAGCUUCAUCUAGUGGUCCUCUACCAAGAUUGUUCAAAUUAUCCCCCUAGGGUCAAAUAUGGCCCUGCCCCAGGGAUCCCAAGUUUUACAUAGACUUACAUAGGAAAAACAGUUUAAAAAUCUUCUUGUCUGAAACCACAACUGUUAGACCUUUGAUAUUUGAUUUGUAGCAUUGUCUUAUGGUCCUCAACCAAAAUUGUUCAAAUUGUACAACUUGGGUGAAAAGAGGCCCUGCCCGGGGGUCCCAAGUUUUAUAUAGACUUAUAUAGGAAAAAAGCUUUAAAAAUCUUCUUGUCUCAAACCAUACGACCAAGGCUUUUGAUAUUUGGUAUGAUGCAUUGUCUAGUAGUUCUCUACCAAAAUUAUUCAAAUUAUGCCCCUGGGGUUAAAAGAGGUCCUGCCCUGGGGUCACUUAGAUAUUUUGUGAGUUAUAUAGGAAAAAUACUUAAAACAUCAUCUGAUCCUUUUUCCAAGACUGUUUAAUUAUAAUUACCUUAUGACCCCAAGUAAUAUGAUGUCACUUGACUGUGACCUUGACCUACUGACCUACUUUCUUGUUGUUUUUUUUUAAGAUACAGCCUUGAAAUUUUGAUGACAUACACAGUUUUGCACACAAAUCAUAAAACUGAAUUUCAUUGACCAUGAAUGUGACCUACUGACUUUCUUAAUAUUUUAUCAUCAGUUUGACAUUUAAAACAUGUAGCUCAUAUUACUCAGGUGAGCGAUCCAGGGUCAUCAUGACCCUCUUGUUUUAAGAAUCAUAACUCUUGCUUGCAUUUUAGUAGAGUUAUGGUCCUUUUUAUCAUGGAAAAUUGAUAAUUUUUGGUAAGAAUUUUUGUUAAGGUCCAAUUUACUUGAAACUUUGGAAACUUGUUUAUCAUCAUUAGGUUAUUAUGCAGAUCAGAAACCACAGCUCUUAUUUGCAUUUUGUUUGAAUUUAUUUGUAUUUUGUUUAAAUUGUGGCCUUUAAAUUAAAAUUUCAUGGUUAAAA